AUGGUUCCGGACAAGAUCGAGCACCUCAAAGAGUCCCACGAGUUCGACGGCAAGCAGCAUGAGCUCAGGGGCAUCUUCGCGAUGGCCGAGGGCGUCCUGCAGGAUUCGAAGCGGCAGGACAAGUUCGACGGCGGCGACAAGGACAACAUCGACGACGGCGUGACGGUGUUGGGGGGCGGAGCGGCGACUCUCUGCGAGGAGCGCGCGGCCAAGCAGAAGGAGCAGGAAGGCGCCGCCAAACGCAUCACGAUUUUCAAGGGCUCGGGCGACUCGACGGCGCUGGCCGACGUGGUUCAGCUUGGCAGGACGGUCCAGCGCGCAGUGGCGCCGCCCCUGGCCCGUGCUCGGCCGUCGGCCGCUGAGGCCGCCACCGCGCAGGCUAGGGCUCCUGAGCCAUCAGCUGGAGGGCUCGGAGCAGAAGGCGGCUGUGGGCUCCGAGGGGCUUGGCGAGCCCCUGCGCGCCCUCCCGCCCCCGAUGGCCGAAAACGCGACCGUGCCCCCUCUCAGGGGAGGCCUACGGGGAGGCGCUGCGCAGGCAGGCGGUGCUCGUGGAGUCGGCCGAGGCCGAGGCCGCGCGGCGGGCGCUGGAGCGGCGCCAGGCGGAGUGGCGGCGCUGCCGUGCUGCUGCGGAUGCGGCGGAGACCCAGCUUACCAAGCUCGAGGCCACCCGCAGGAAGCAGGCGAGCCGAGGCCGUGGCCCUCGGAAGUGAGCCUGGAUGUGGCCUGAGCGGGAGCGGCGGCCAGGAUCGAGGUUGCUCUCUUCGGCUGCCUCCGUGCAGGCCAACCGUAGGCGGCGUUGGUGCGUCUUGCGAUGGACCGCCGUAA